AUGACUAGAGAAAGUGUCCUAGACCUUACUCUAGUCAGCCCAAGCCUAGCCGGCAAAAUCCAGGACUGGAUUGUGCUCCCGGAUCUCGGAUCGGAUCACUACAGUAUUAGCUUCACUAUUGCCGGCAAUACCCGACCGCUAGUCGAUAAUCCAAGCCUGGCUACCGCCUAUAACACCGACCUAGCCGAUUGGGGCAUGUUCUCAGAGAAGCUGAAAUCUGCUAUUCUCCAAGAAGAAGAGAGUAGUAUAGCUAUUACUAAGCUACUCGAUAAAGCUUCCAAAGAGCUUACUAAGGCGGUUGCGGAGGCGGCGGACCUAAGUAUCCCAAAAAGGAAGGUAGGGGCUAGGGCUAAGCCCUAG